UGAUGCAGGAGGGGUGCUGGGUGCAGGAGGGCUGUGCAGUGCAGCAGAGGUGCAAGGUGCAGGGACGAUGCACGGCGCAUGAGGGACGCAGGGUGCAGGAGGAGUGCACGGUGCAGGUGUGUGUGUGUGUGUGGAGGGGGGGGGGGCACGGCAGGCGAGCCGCAGCCCCCCACACACACCUCUGCUCUCUCCCCACAGCCGCUCUGCGCCCACGGCCACCUGGCCAAGACGCUGGGUUACCUGGAGCUGGGCCCGGGGGGGCUCCUCAAGCACAGCCCCUACGGCGCCCUGAAGCCCCCCCCGGUGCUGCUGCCGGCCGAGCCCCCCCGCGGCCCUUGGGAUUGGCAGCACAACGGGACGGGAGGCGACCACCCGCCCAGCGUCCCCCGCGCUCGCCGCAAACCCCCCCCGAAAUCCGCCCGUUCCAAGAAGAUCUUCGGCUGGGGCGACUUCUACGUCAGCAUCCAGACGCUCAAGUUCAGCCUGCUGCUGACCGGCAAGAUCGUGGACCACGUCAACGGAACCUUCAGCGUCUACUUCCGCCACAAUUCCUCCAGCUUGGGCAACGUGUCGGUCAGCAUCGUGCCCCCCAGCAGGGCCGUGGGUUUCGAGGUGCUGCUGCCGGCUCCCCCUCCUCCCCCUCCCUUACGCCCGCCGCCCCAGGCCCAGCAAAGCACCCUCCCCGAGGGGAGACCCAGAGCCGCCCUCAACUGCCACGUGGAGUACGAGAAGACGGACCGAGCGCGGCGGAACCGGCCGUGCCUGUACGACCCGAGCAAGGUGUGCUUCACCGAGCACACGCAGAGCCGCGCCGCCUGGCUGUGCGCCAAGCCCUUCAAGGUCAUCUGCAUCUUCGUCUCCUUCCUCAGCAUCGACUACAAGCUGGUGCAGAAGGUCUGCCCCGACUACAACUUCCAGCACGACCGCCCCUACUUUGGCUGAAGGAAGGAGGAGGGGGUGGCGGUGGCGGUG